AUGACGCCCGACGACGUUUCCAAAAAUUCGCCCGUGCCGCCGCCGUCCCUGCCGCCAAUCGACUCGUGGGCUCGGGGAGGGCGUCGCUCCAGGCGCUGUCGCGGCAGCGGCAGCAUCAGAUCUGUCGACAGCGCCGAUUCCGAGGAGGAGUACCUAGCACUCUCUCUCCUCAUGUUGGCACGCGGCAAGGUCGAGGACGGCGGCGUCGGAGGCGUCAAGGGCAUGGGAAUGGCGCCAACCAAGGCGCAGGGGUACGGGUGCUCCGUGUGCGGCAAGAUCUAUGCGUCCUACCAAGCACUGGGCGGCCACAAGAAGAGCCAUAGGAAGCCGCCCACACUGCCAGCAGCAUCGGCAGGCGGCGACGAGGCGUCCGGCGGCGCCCCCGUGGUGGCCAAGAUGCACCAGUGCUUGCUCUGCCGCCGCACAUUCCCGUCAGGGCCAGCGCUGGGCGGGCACAAGCGCCUGCACUACGAGGGUGGCGCCGCGGCUGACGGGAUCGGCAAGGACAAGGAGGCUGCCAAGGCGAAGGCGGCGUCACUACUGAGGGACUUCGACCAGAACCUGCCAGCAUCGGCGGUGGCCGGGUACGAGGUCGAGAGCCCAUCUCAGGGUGCGAAGAGGGUGAGGUUGAUGCUACUAGCAGUUUGA